AUGGCUGCUGCCGUGCAGCCUAUUCUUCCUUUACCUCCGAUGGGCUUCAACAACUGGGCCCGCUACGAAACCAACAUCAGCGAGGCAAUCUUUGUCGAUGCUGCCGAUUGCAUGAUCAAGCACGGGCUACUUUCCGCCGGCUACAACCGCAUCAACCUCGACGACGCAUGGUCGACUAAAGAGCGAGCUUCAAAUGGCUCUAUGGUCUGGGAUGACGCAAAAUUCCCCCGGGGCCUCUACUGGCUCACAUCCCAUCUCAAGUCCAAGGGCUUCAUCCCAGGAAUCUACACCGAUGCCGGUAAUCUCUCCUGUGGCGGAUACCCUGGUGCUCUGGACCACGAGCAGAUCGACUACGACGAUUUCACCAAAUGGGGCUUCGAGUAUCUCAAAAUGGACGGCUGUAAUAUGCCCGAUCCUAGCAGUGAGGAAGUCUAUCACGAGGUCUAUAGCCGUUGGCACAGGCUCCUCUCGUCCGUGGAGAACCCGAUGGUCUUCUCAGACUCCGCCCCGGCCUACUCUGCCAACAAGGACAACCUGACAGACUGGUACACUAUCAUGGGAUGGGCCCAGAGGUAUGGACAACUGGCGCGCCACUCGGACGAUAUCCAGACGUAUCCCGACGGAGACUCCUGGGGGAGCAUGAUGACCAACUACAACUACCACGUCCGCCUGGCGCGCUACCAGAAGGUGGGCUACUUCAACGACCCUGACUUUCUGAAUGUGGAUCAUCCCUCGUAUAGUCUCGACGAGAAGAAGAGCCACUUUGCUCUUUGGUGCGCGUUUUCCGCGCCCCUGAUCCUCAGCACGGACUUGACGGCUAUCACGCCUGAAGAAGUCGAGUACCUCACGAAUAAAGACCUCAUCGCCAUAAACCAGGAUAGCUUAAUCCAGCAGGCGACACUGGUUAGUCGUGAUAAGACGUGGGAUGUCCUGUCGAAGAGCCUUGAAAACGGAGACCGCAUACUCCUUGCUCUGAACAAGGGUGACUCCGCUGCAGACAUUACAAUACCCUGGGCGCGCACCGGUUUCUCACCCAGCGCCUGGAAAGGUUUAAGUGUCAAGAAUCUAUGGACUGGCGAGACGAUUGAUGUCUCUGAAAUCGGAAUUACGGCGGACAGUGUCCCCUGCCACGGAACUGCUGUGUUGCGUAUUAGCAACUCAACUGGCCCUGUUACUCCUACUGGUCUCAUAUUCAACACGCGCAGCAUGAAGUGCCUCACCGAUAGUUCCUCCGGCAGCGUCAUCUUCGCAACAUGCGAUGGAUCAGACGCACAGACCUGGAGCGUUCGCUCGGAUGGCCAUAUUAGUAGCCUCCUGCGCCCGGAAUAUUGCAUAGUCGAUAAGAAGGGGGCCGUUCUGUCUUCCCGGUCUGGUUGUCAGUCGGAUUUUUGGAGCUACGAUGUCUCGGGGAAUGUGGUUAAUGCCAAUUCUAAGAGCUGCCUGACAGAGGCUGCCAAUGGGGUCGCUACUGUUGUUGAGUGUGCAUACGAGCUGAAUGAACAGGUCCAUGCCCUUCCUGUUGGUGUGACUGUUGGAAAUAGGUAG